AUGCGGGCGGCCGCGGGCGGGGCGCGCGUGACGUCACGCUCGCUGCUGGCGCAUGCGCCGCGCUGGCUGCGUCGCGCCGACACGCGGCUGCAGAGGGCGCCCGCCGUGCUGGCGCACUUCGCGCAGAGGAACCACGAUGUUCAGGAGCGGCGCGACGAGGUGCGCCGUGUGCUGUCGGGGCUGUACACGGCGCUGCGCGGCGGGCUGCAGUGGGACGCGGCGCUGGAGUCGGUGGCCGCCACACACGACUACAGCCGCGCGCGGCUCAAGCAGCUCUGGGGCAGCGUGCGCGGCGUGGCCAUGGAGAAGCUGCGGCUGCUGCAGUCGUGCGGGGACCAGCUGGCUGCGGCCUGCGCCGGCGCCGAGCUGCGGGCCGCCGACUGGCUGGCCAUAGACCUCGCGCUGCUCUACGGGGACGACCAGCUGGUCACCGAGGACAGCCUGCGGGAGUACUCGCAGCUGUCGACGCUGACGGAGCUGUUCUCGCUGGUGCAGCAGUACCAGCUGCACGCGCCCGGGACCACCGAGGUGUGGUGGCGCGCCGCCUUGACCGACUACACCAGCAAAGGCCGCGCCAGCUCGCUGGUGGUGCUGCAGCGGCGCUGGCACGAGCUGCUGGCGGCGGCGCGGCGCGCGCUGGCCGCCUACAGCCGGCGCCGCGGCCGCGCGCCGCCGCCGCUGCUGCGGCACCUGGCCUACAGGUACCCGACGCUGGUGAGGCAGCAGCAGCUGUGGCGGCAGCUGGUCGCGCAGGGCGCCAUACACGCGCCGCCGCUAAGCGAGUACCUGCAGGCGAUGGACGCUGAGGACCGCGAGGAGUACCGCGACGACACCACCAACCAGCACGGCGGCGCACACGCACACAGCGAUGAUGAAGACGACCUCAUUCUAGUCGAGCAGGCUGUAGAGACAAUAGACCUGGCGGGGCCGUCUGAUGAUGAGGACGACAGUAUUUUAGUGCUAGAAACCUCGGACCCGCCGGCUGGGCAGACGAUAAUCAUGAUCAGUGAAGAUGAAAAUGACGUGAAAGACUUUAUUCUACAACAAAAUGACUUUACUCAUCCGCCUGAAAAUGUUGACUUUCGAAGUGAUACAACUCAGAAUAUUAUAAAUCAGAAUGAAGCUCAAGUUGGUACUAUUAAGAUUGAAUAUACUGAAAUUAACAAUAUAAAAACUGAACCACAGGACGUCAACGCUCAAACAGAAACGUCUGCAAAUGGCAACCCAGCUGGCACUUUUGAAAGUAAACCUAUUAAAAUUAACAUAGCAACAAAAAGCAAAGCUAGAACAGUCGAAAAUGAAAAUACAAAUUCCGAUAAGAGACGAAAAACUCAAGACAAAGAUAUAGGUAGCGAUAAAUUGGAUAAAGUUGUUAUUAAAACAGAACCUCCAACAACAGAUAUUAAAUUAGAACUUACUUUCAAUGAAAUUGACGACUCGUCUCAAUUAGAUACAGAAACAGACAACAAACCAAACCUAAACAAAUUCGAAGAUGCAUUGAAACACGAAGAAGCUAUCGUUGUUGAGUUCAAAGUAGACACUGAUGAAGUAGACGUGAACACAGUACUACAAGCUCGGGAGCUGAAUCGAGUUAAACAUGAUACUGAAGAAUUGAAAUCGCCAAAAGCUAAAAAACCUGAUGAAUUUGUGAAACCAAUUGCUGUGGAUACUAUUGUUGAUAGUGGAGUGGUGAGACAGACUGCGAGUGGUGUGGUGGGUGACUGCGAUGACGUCAAAUCUCGUGACGUGGACGUCUCGCAGCUCGGAUUGGACGCACGGUUUGUGCGCAAAAACGCGCAUCUGAUGCAUCUGUGCGCAGACGCGCAUGUGCGCCUCGUCAGGCUGCCAGAGGUCGCGCCAUCAGCGUAUUCAGACUCUGCCAAAGAGAAUGAGGAAAUGUCAUUGACUGAGGAGAUGUUUGAAGACAUACUCAAGGAGUUGAAGGCCCUGCCGCUGCCGCAGGCCGGUGCAGCAGGCGAGCUCUGCUGCGCAGCACGGCGCCACCUCGCGUACAACGCGGCCAGGCAGCGCCUCGCGCGGCGCAGGGGGGAGACGGCGCCCAUCGUCGACCUGCACAGCUGGAGCCACGAGGCGGGGGCGGCGUGCACGUGCUGCUGCGGCGGGGCGCUGCGGGGCGGCGCGGGGGGCGCGGCGGGGGCGCAGCGCAUGCGCGCGGCCGCCGCCGCCCUCAGGCGCAUGAUACACGCCGUGUACGCCCCGAGAGGCGGCUCCGACGGUACACCGACAAAAGCGUCCUCUGCGCCUGCGUCCACUCCUGCGCGCUCCGCACGAGAAUCGCCUAUAACCUCCCCACUCACAGAGGACUCCAAAGACUCACCAAAGAGGAGAGGGCGCCCCCCCAUCCACGCACGCCCCGCCACCUCCACCCCCGUGAAGCCUCCUGAGGCGGAGGCGAAGCCCGUUGGCCUGGCGAAUGAUUACCAGGAGUGGCUGCGGCAGAGGAGCCUGCAUCGGAAGUACUUCCACCUCGCGGCACCAAUCGACAUCCAGGCCACAUCACCUACCAAACAGCUGCCGUCAUAUGCGAAGCCAGAAAAAAGUAAAACUCAACAAAAUAGUACAAAAGAGAAGCAACUAUUCAAACAGAAACAACCAGUCAGACAGGAUCCUCUAACCAAACAGAAUGAACCAUUUAAAAACAGUUCAUCAGAGAAACUGAAACUGCCAACGACGCGUGCCAUAUCAGCAAGAUCUUUCGUCAGUACAAAGCAAAGGGACCCCACACCCGAUACACCAACGAAACAGAAUGAACCAUGCAAACAUUCAUCUAAGAAAGUGAAAUCACCAAUACUGCGUACUAUAUCUGCGAGAGCGUUCAUCAGUACGAAGCAAAAGAAUCCAAUACCCGACUUAUCAACCAAACAGGUAGAAUUGGCCCAGCAGCAACCACCCAAACAGACGACAUUGGCUCAGCAACCAACCAAACAGACAGCAUUGGCUCAGCAACCAGCCAAACAUAACGCCUCGCAUAGUCUGGCGAUGGAGCCCAGCACUGCGACCGAGUCGUUGCCGCUCACCGUCGGGUUGAACACUCGCAACCAGCAGCACAAAAAUGUAAUAGUCAAAAAAACUAGUAACCCAAUGCAGUCUAACGGUAAAUUGAAACAACCCGACGAUAACCGAAAGUUGAUACAACCCAGCAGUGAUAUUACGGAACCCGCGCAAAUAGCAGCAAAUAUAGUAGAUCUGAAGCCAUCUAAAACAGACAUUCUGUCAAAGCCGAAAAUACAACCGUUAGACAAUACUCGUCUGCCAUUCCGCCCGUGGGUAUCACCUUCUAAGUCAGUAUCUAGUCAACCUGUAGCAUUAUCAGAUGUCAAACCGUCCAUAAUACCCGACACAGCCCCACUGGAAUCGCCACCAGAUGUCAAACCCCCACCACUUCCACCACAAUUUCCAAAAAAGGAUCCUUCAGUAGACGCAGUAGACCCUCCACAAGCAUCGUGGUCUCCUAUAGUACAGUCUGUGCAGUCUCUAGCACAAAGCUCAGCACCGACUUCUCCCGAAGCUCCACAACUGACAACCCAAACGUCAUCAACCUUGGAAGAACCUUCAGUACCAACCUCGUCGACCAUCCUGACGGAAUCGCACCCGGCAACGGGCAUAACACAACCUGAAAUCAUACCACGAGCCCGGAUAAAGACAGAACCUUUUGUGAAACCUUCUAAUGGCUGGAUUAAGAGGUUCUACACGACCCUCAAGGAGCCACAACCUCCUGUGACACCACUGUCUACCCAAACGACACCACCAACCGCGAAGGUACCACAUUUGCCAUGCCAAAGGGUUCAUAAACCAACCCGCGCCAACCCAUAUAAUACCACAAUCUAGAAUGACUCUUGCUGGCUGUCGUUUGAUGAUCUCCCUAGCAUUAUCCCUUCACGGGAUCUUACCUAACCUGAAGAUUUGACUAAUCCAUCUUUUCACAGAAGCGACUGCCUGUCUGACCUUCCAACUAGAAGGGAAAACAGGCUAGGACGUGCCUCCGAAAUGUGGGUUUGGAUGUGUGAUCAUUUUCUUUUUAAUAUUUAUUUAAAGAUUUUAAGUAUUAUUAUGAUAACAUUGAAAACUUGUGAUGUUAAUGUUGUAUGUAGAUAUAAGCAUAUUUGUCCAUUUAUUAGUAUACGUAUAAGUGUAAGGUAUAAAAAAGACAAUACUGCUCCAAGGCACACUCCGCCCCGCACCGAUACGAGAUUGGUUUACCUCACCCUUUUGCACUUUAGUGACACAGUGCACGACGUAAGGAGUGAAGGACGGAGGCACGUCGUAAGAAGGGAGCGCACGCAGACUGUCUCCCUCCCACGCACGUGGUAAGGCGACAAACACUGCACCUGUGGAGCGUCUGAAACGAGAUUUUUGUAUGGAGAAUCUUCGGUGUGGUGUAGAGUCAAAAUCUGCCUAUUCGCAUGGCAAUACAAGUAACUUUGAAGUUUACACCUGUAAAUCGAAAGUUUGAUUAGUAUAAGUAGACUGCAUGUUAUUGACUGAAAUACAACCAAAUUGAAACUG